ACUUCUCGGGAAGUGCAACCUCUAAGUUGUCGUGACAUGAGACGGCCCGAGGAGGCGGUAGACGCUGCUGCAGUGACAACUGCUCCGCUGUCGAACUCAGAGAAGGAACUAGCGUUAGCUAGGAAACAGGGGCUGCAAUACAGUAGGCUACAAACAAGGGGAGGCGGCGAACAAGGAAAAUAAAGCAGGUUCUGUUCCAAGGAGCACCUAAGUUGCCCUUUGCAGUCUUGACAAAUCGGGGAACUAGAGUAAACGCCGUUUAAAAGGUGGACAGUCCGCUGCCUGCUAGCUCGUGGUAACUCUCCGCCAUGCCUUUCCCCUUUGGCAAGUCCCACAAGUCGCCGGCGGACAUUGUCAAGAACCUUAAGGACAGCAUGACAGUGCUUGAGAAACAUGACAUUUCUGACAAAAAGGCUGAGAAGGCCACAGAGGAGGUGUCAAAAAGCCUGGUGGCCAUGAAGGAGAUCCUGUAUGGGACUAAUGAGAAAGAGCCCCAAACAGAAGCAGUGGCCCAGCUAGCCCAGGAGCUCUACAACAGUGGCUUACUCAGCACCCUGAUAGCAGACCUGCAGCUCAUCGACUUUGAGGGUAAGAAAGAUGUGGCUCAGAUCUUCAACAACAUCCUGAGGCGUCAGAUUGGCACACGGACGCCCACGGUGGAGUACCUCUGCACCCAGCAGAAUAUCCUCUUCAUGUUGCUUAAAGGGUAUGAGUCUCCAGAGAUUGCCCUAAACUGUGGUAUCAUGUUGAGGGAGUGCAUCAGACAUGAACCACUGGCCAAAAUCACCCUGUGCUCAGAGCAGUUUUAUGACUUCUUCAGAUAUGUGGAGAUGUCCACUUUUGACAUUGCCUCAGAUGCAUUUGCCACUUUCAAAGACCUCCUCACAAGACACAAGCUACUGAGUGCAGAGUUUUUGGAGCAACAUUAUGACAAAUUCUUUAGUGAAUAUGAGAAGUUACUGCACUCAGAAAACUACGUGACUAAAAGGCAGUCUCUCAAGUUAUUGGGGGAGUUGCUUCUUGACCGGCACAAUUUUACCAUUAUGACGAAAUACAUCAGCAAGCCAGAAAAUCUCAAAUUAAUGAUGAACCUGCUACGGGACAAGAGCCGCAACAUCCAGUUUGAGGCUUUCCAUGUUUUUAAGGUGUUUGUGGCCAACCCAAACAAGACGCAGCCCAUCCUAGACAUCCUGCUGAAGAACCAAACUAAACUCAUUGAAUUUCUCAGCAAGUUCCAGAACGACAGAACAGAGGAUGAGCAGUUCAAUGAUGAAAAGACUUACCUGGUCAAACAGAUCAGGGACCUCAAAAGGCCUGUCCCCCAGGAGGCCUGAGGAAGGGUGCAGAGGUGGGGGGAGGAGCCACCCGGACCAUGUCUGGACAACAUCCAGACAACUCCUGCUUAACGGACCCAUCAGCAGCUUCUGGAUUCUGAACAAACAAAUGAAAACCAACUUCCCCAUAUCAACUCAUCAGAAAGUCGCCUGCUACUCAGUGAACAUUUUAAUUACUUUUUUUCAGUCUUUUUCCUUCAAAAGAAAUAAGAGAAAAUAAUAGAGGCUGCUGCUUUCUUGCACAUUGAGACAUGUUAGGUAUUUUGUAAUGAUACAACAGUCCAUCAAACAUAAUAACAGAAAAUGUCAGUGCAUUCAAAGUAAGGCAGAGUUUCCUGAAGAGAGAGAGACACACACACACACACACACACACACACACACACACACACACACACACCAAGGAUCAAAAGUAGACACGUUUACAUGCAUAAAUGUAUUAUAUAAAGAAGAUGCAUACACACAUACUGCAAGAAAAUCUGCUAUAAACUUGUGGUGGAAAUGGUACGAGAAAGUUGAACAUUGGUGUGUUGGUUGCAUGCCUUGAAAUGUGACAGAUCCAUGGCUGUACCCAGCGUCGGCUCUGUGAUGGUCUGGCUCCCAUGUUCAGUGCCACAGACUCAGAAUUGCACGUGCAUCACAGCAGCCGCUACAGUUUGUAUCUAUGCCUUCAUUCAAUACAACAACAGUGGUUCAUUUGAGCGAUUCAUGGGGACAAGCUCUCAGAUGCCAUCAGACAGAACCAUUUACCUCCUGUGUGCUAUGUGACAGCACUUGAAGCACACGAGGAAAGGAGGGGGAGGGAUGUAAGGUGUGAAUUUGGAAUUUGGGUCUCUUGAUUGUUUUCUGGGACAGGGUGAACAUGUACAUAUGCCUUUUUUGCUUUGUAGAUUUUUGUUUAACCUUGACAUGAAUAUAUAUUAUAUAUAUAUUACCUUAAACAUCACGUUUUUGGUUAAUCGUAAUCAAAUUACUUUUUAAACCAUAAAAGGUAAAAAAAACAAGUUUAAUGACCUUGUUUUUGCAUUUUAUUUUACUGUUGAAAUGGUUGCUGUUGGGUUUCUUUUUAAAUAACUUAUAGGGCCAGCUCACAUUUAGCUAACCUAUAGGAUAUUAACAAUUUGUACAGCGGAGGAAUGUCAUGGUAUUAACUCUGGAUCUGUUAAUCCUCUUUUUAUUUUACAUCUACAUUUUGAGUAUCUCUCAGACUGCUGAACAUUUGCUGGAGGAGAUUGGCAGCACAUCAACCGAAACAUGAAAGCCUGUGUGUUUUCUGCACUUUGUGAGGGGCUGAGCGAUCAACAUCACCUAACUGGAGUCGAGGAUAGUGGGGUACUUCCUCCCUCCUCAGUUUCAUUAACAGUUUUCUUUUUUUCCUUUUUCCCUUCCCUCAUUCUAACCACUCUGCUUGUGGCCUGGGAGUGCUGUUUAGUCCUACAGUGAGUGUGCUUCAGGGGUGAGCUCCUCAGGACAUUGGCAACUCAGCACACCAUUCUUACUUUCCCCCUUCUCUUGUUUGAGUCUUUCUCUUCAGAGGGUUUAUAAUUCCAGUACAAUUGUGAAUGUAAAGCAUUGUGGGUGGCAGAGUAAUUUGGGCAUGUUGGAUUGUCCUCAUGUUGCUGAGCAAAACUUAUGAAUCCACAGAUACUAUUUACAGUGAAUGACAUGGUCUAUGUAAUGAGACAUAAAUAUCUUCAAAUAGGCAAAUGAGAAAGCAUCUCCGUGUAGACAACAGCACUACUCAGACGACAGUUCCUCCAUUUGCAUUGAACAAGCAUGUUUCUCCACUGGCUGUGCAUGAUGCUGUACUAAAGAUGUUGUACUGGAAUUGUUUCUUUACUCCCAGUAUUUAAUAACAUUGAAAUGUCAAAUUUAACUCUUGGCUGUAUGCUGACUUUGACUCCAGUUUCAGCAUAAAGCGUGUGGGUGCUUUCAGAAGUGUCAAAGGCCUGGGUCCUACAAAUGAAAUAAAGAAAACAGAACAUUUGGAAUAAAA